UGCUGAGCAGAGGUGUACUUUGUGUCUAUGUUGGGGGGGUCUGCGACAUAACAAGUUUGAGAGCCCAUACCACCGUAUCCAGCGCUGUCCGCCCCCGACAUUAACCCUGCUAUUUCGAGAAACUUCCAGCCCCUUUUUUCCACGUCACUUGAAGGAAUCUUUAAAGCGUCCGUCGCCUGUAUAAAAUGUCUCAGUACUCGACAGCCAGCAACAUGAACGGCAUGAAGACUCAGUCACCGAUCCCGACGAUGGCAAAUAACGACAACGACCCGCUCCCCCUCGGCUGGGAAGUAAAAAUUGACCCUCAGACAGGAUGGCCCUUCUUCGUGGAUCACAACAACCGCACGACAACCUGGAAUGACCCGAGACACGACACGAAAAAGGUCAGAGAAGUGUCAGCAAAUGGACCCAACAUACCACCAGAACCAAGCCCUCAGGAGACUCAGAAGACCUUUGUGAGGGAGAUGAAGCACCCUAUUCUUCGCCCGGGUUAUGUUCCCAUCCCAGUUUUCCAUGAGGGUGCAGAACUGAGGCAGCAGCAGCAUCCAUGUUAUUCCUACAUCCAGCCAACCACUGCACAGAACAUCCGGACAGACGGGCGAACACCUUCCCCGACACCAGGGCUCCACUGCAGGCCUAGAUCACCUUUACAUGGGCCUUCAGACAGCUGCUCCAAUGAUCCUGUAAAGGUUGGCUCACCUGUUUCACAAACAGCAGAGGUUUAUACUGCCCCGCAUCACCAACCCCCACGGACCGGCAGCACUGGUCUUCAAGCAGGUUAUAUCCCUAUCCCGGUGAUCCAUGAGGGUGGAGGAGGCCAAACACAAACACAGGCUCAGUUAAAUCCCUCUGUGUACUCUCAGCGCGUCCCCUACUCAGAGCAGCAGCAGCCCUUCCAUCGCCUUCAGACAGACGAGCGGCCUGGCUACUCUGCAGCAAUGCAGCCUCCCCGGGAAAGGGCUUCUCCGAUACUGUUUCCCCAGCAUCGCGAUGCUGCUUCUAUUCACCUCCCACCUCAUAUAAGAAGCCAGUCACCUAUUAUAACGCAGGUGUUUGGAGAAAGACCACAGGCUCAGCAGCAUGUUCUCACCAGAGACCCACCCCAGAAAUUGGAGCAGGAACAACAAAGCACGCAGCAGAAACCCGAAAACACGCAGCUCCCCCAGCCCAUGCAAACAGAAGCUGACAUCCAAAAGCCUCAACAACCUCAACACUUCCAACAGCCUCCACCUCAGCAGCCUCAGCAGUUCCAGCAGCCUCAGCAGUUCCAGCAGCCUCAGCAGUACCAGCAGCCUCAGCCUCAGCAGUACCAGCAGCCUCAGCAGUACCAGCAGCCACAGCAGUUCCAGCAGCCACAGCAGUACCAGCAGCCACUGCAGUUCCAGCCGGCACCACCUCAGACGUCUCCUCAGCCUCAGCAGCAUGAACAGUUAAUGCACUCGCAGCAACAGUUCCAGCUUCCCCAGAAACCAGAGCAACCACAGCAACAUACGGCAGAUAUCACAGUUCAAAUACCUCCAAAACCAGAAGCCCAGGACAUGACAGGUGUUUCCCCAGAGGUCCAGUCUGUAAAGGUAGAGGCUGAGCAGGCUGCUCAAUGCCCAAUCCACCCAGGCUUGGCUAAGGUACAGCAGAUAGUCGAACGGGUUGCUAAACUGGAGCAGGAGGUGAAAUGGUUUGAUGGAAAGAAGAAUGAUAAGAAGUACUUGUUACUUGAGGAAUUGCUGACCAAAGAGCUCUUAGCACUGGACUCGGUUGACCCAGAGGGUCGUGCAGAUGUACGGCAGGCAAGACGGGAUGGAGUCCGUCGUGUUCAGACCAUACUGGAAGAACUGGAGCAACUGGAGGAGCAGCCGUCCAAGCCUGCCAGCGACACCGCAAUGGAGGGAGACAACCUGACCCAGAAAGGAGAACCCGGCGUGAUCACCGAGGAGAAUGUUGAGAUGGCAAAUGAGAUAUCAUAAUGACUGCACACUUCAUAAUCAAGAGGAGAGAAAGAUUUACCUGCUGUAUAUUUGAUAGUGAACAAGUCUGCCCCGGCUAACUCUCCUCCUCCUCUAUCCACAGCAUUUGUCGAAGUUGCAUGUAUUAACAGUGUUGGUAUUUCCUGCCAUUCAGCACAUAAUUGAUGGUAUCUCAGUGCAGUCAUGUUUUUCAAGCCGAUGUUGUUGCCUUCUAUGUUGUGCCAAUGUCUUCAUAAUAAGACAGCUGUCAUGAUCAAGGUGUUGACAACAAUUUCUAGUCAAAUUAAAGUUUGAAUAAGAGGCCUUUAUCAAUAAAUGGAAGAAAACUAGAGCUAUUUUCUUAAAUAUGUUAUGUAUAGUUGCCUUUUGUCUUGAUCAAAUAUUGUAUGGAGCUUUUCUUAAUCCAGUCAGCUCGUCAGUUAGUACAUAAGUACAAACAUUGGGCUUUAAAGCAGAACUCACAGCAAAUCUCAGUCAACAGAAAAGCAUUUUCCCCUUUAUGGCCACAAAAACCAUGUUGGAGCUGCUUUGUCACAGAACACAGUGAAUAUGUUUAUUAGAUGCUGCUUUUUGGUGCAUUACUGAUUUUGCCAUCUUUGCACUUUGCUAUCUUGGAAAUGUAUCAUGCUGAAGGUUCAGCAGCACUUCAUUUGAAAUAUAUCAGCUACACAAGUUUUGAUUGAUGUGUUUGAGUGUUUGUAUGUGCAAUGGUUUACUUGUUAUUUCAAAACAUUAUAUCAGUAUUUAUAUCAUUAUAUAGUAUUUUGGUACAUUUAUGAAUGUGUAAUAACAAAUGGAGGUGGAGAUGGUGUAUCUUACUUGAGAUGUGAGACAAUCAGCACUCAGUGCCAAUUAGGAAUCACAGUUUAAGAUUGUCAGAAUGUCCUUGUAUAACUACCAAAGCCACAGUCUGUAAUAACACUAACACAAAAAUGGCCUGAAAGCCUUAAAAAUGCCAACUGUGAGAAAAUGCCCAAUUCAUAAACAGAUGAAGAAACUUCAAUCUGUCAUUUACAAUUUUUCAAAGUUACUUGUCUGAUUACUCUCAUUGUUUGUGUCGUAAUUUAUCACUGUAAUACGAUCAUAAGCCAUCUGUAAGGUAGGGUCACUACCUAACAGAACUUUGAAAAUUAUGGAUUGUGGCUUAGUGUUGAUCACAGUUUAUGAGUAGCAGGCUGAUGCAUUGUUGAAAGCAAGUCAAUCUUGUUGGUAUGGUUGAAAAUAAAAUGUAUUUGACAUGGAGUUUGCCUAAUAUUUGGGUUCCCAUAUUUUCUGCAAAGUCUUGAAACUAAUUUAUUUAUUUUUUAUUAUUAUAGCCCGGUAGUAUUCUAUUUUCUACCUAUUCUGAGUUACUAUUGGCUCUUUAUUAU